AUGCGGGCGAAGAGCGACACCCUGAAGGGUAGACUCAUAGUGUCAACACGGACGCUAGCAGUUGGUGAUGAAAGCGCAGCGCCUGGCAAGACGGAAGGAGCCAGCGCUGAGGGUUUGUUAGGCAUGGAGGAUGCACGCGAGGCUCUUAGGUCGUUGUUCGGACACGACGACUUUCGGGACGGGCAGGCAAAGGAUCAGCACUCACGGCGGUGGUACGCAUUAGUCUACAAACCUGGGUUGUCUUUUCAAACGUCAACCAAAGAGGAGGAAGUGGUUGCGAAGCUCCUCGCGGGAGAGUCCUGCGCAGGCGUUUUCCCAACGGGGGCAGGGAAAUCGAUCUGCUACCAGCUCCCGGGCACCCUGAUGGCCAGGCAGGGGCUUGGGCUGACUCUCGUGGUGUCUCCACUAAUCGCUCUCAUGAAAGACCAGACCGACGCGUUGAUUGCAGCGGGAGUUCCAUGCGCCAAGCUGGAUUCCACCCUCGAGGCGCAUGAGGUCUACGACAUCUACGAGCAGAUCCGCGCGGGAAGCGUUGCCCUGCUGUACGUGUCUCCGGAGCGUUUCAACAACGAGCGUUUCGUCAGGACCCUAAAGGGGAUCAAGGUGGCCCUCUUCGUGGUGGACGAGGCCCACUGCAUCAGCGAGUGGGGGCACAACUUCCGGCCGGACUACUUGCGCCUAGCCGACUUUGCGAAGGCUGCGCGGGCGAACGCGCGUUUGGCUCUCACGGCCACGGCAACGCCUAAGGUUGCCGUGGAUAUCGCCAACCGUCUCGACAUACCGCCUUCAAACGUCAACAGAACACCGUUCUACCGCCCGAUGCUGACCCUCGGCGCCGUUCGCGCUCCGGAUGAUCAAGAGGAGCGAGCCCGUCUGCUCGCCGAUAUCCUGCUCCGCGGAGAACACCACCAGCAGGGAAGAGGUACGGCGGCGGGUUCAGGGGCCGCGGUGGUAUACGUGACGCUUCAGAAGACGGCCGUGGAGGUGGCGCAAGCGCUCGCCGCGGCGGGGAUCGACGCUCGCCCCUACCACGCUGGACUGCCGCCUCUUCAGCGGGAGGAGACCCAAGACUGGUUCAUGAAUGCGCCAGACGAUGAGUCCCCCGUUGUGGUGGGGACGAUAGCCUUCGGGAUGGGUCUGGACAAGAAGAACGUGCGGCGAGUAUUUCACUUCAACUUGCCAAGAUCGCCGGAGGAUCUCGCGCAACAGGUGGGGAGGGCAGGCAGAGACGGGGAACGCGCCUCCUGUACGACUCUCGUGUCCGCUGCAGACCUCCCCGUCCUUAGGUCUAUGAUCUACGGUGGAACUCCUAGCGAGGCGGCAGUGCGGGGUCUGCUUCGGGCCAUUUUCGCCAGCGGGGAGGACGAGGCUGACUUCAACUUCUACGACCUGUCGCAGAUGCUGGACACAAAAGACCUGGUGCUCAAGACCCUAGUGGCCCAUCUCCAGAUCAGAGGCCUCGUGCGAGAGCUAACGCCGUACUUCGAAACGGCGGACGUCCAGUUGUUGGACGCCGGGAUGGCUAUCCUUGACGAUGGAACGGAGGAGGCAAUUGGCGACAUGCCAAGAGAGUGGGUUGCCGCGCUGGGGAUGGCUGACACGAAGCUCAAGCAGAAGCGCGCCAACGCGAAGUGGGCAACCCUGCGCGUGGAUGAAACCGCUGAAGCGCUGGGUGUUCCUAUACAGCAGAUCGCGCGCAUGCUGUCCGGAAUGACGUAUGAGGGCUUGAUCGCGCUGGGCAAGCCUGGCAAAGUCAGGGCCAGGUUCCAGGUGCUCCGCCGGCCCGCCAGUCGGGAGCAAGCCCAGGCUCUAUCCAGGGAUCUGCACGCGAUGGCCAUGGACUUGCAGGAUCGAGAGCUCGGAAGACUCGACACCGUGAUGGAGAUACUGUGCAGCCAGGAGGGGACUGCGGUGAGCUCGGGGCUCUCCGAGUACUUCGGCGACUCGGAGGCAACGAUAUCAGAAGCCGUGGCGAACGAGAGAGCUGCCGCCGCCGUUGCCGUAGCAGAACGUGGCGCUCCCCUCCUCUCCGACGUUUUAACGCCUCCGCAGGUCUCGGAAGAGGAAAUCGACGAACGUUGGCGAGCGGGCGUUCUUGAUCUCCUUUUGGAACCGGGCGGAGGGGACGACAACCGAGUCAUCCCCUGCGACGACGCCUACUUGCUGGCGAGGUUUGCGGCUGGGAUCCGCAGCCCUCGAAUAGGAAAACUGAAGCUCGCGCAGCUGGGGUCCUUCGGGUGCUGCGCGAACCACCCGUUCCCGGCGCUGUUGGCAAGGGCCGAGGAAGCGGUUGCCAUCGCCACCGCUGCUGCUCGCGUGCUCUGAUUUGAUGCAUCUUGCUACUCGUGCACCGUUUUUUAGAUUAGGAGGGGUGGAAGGGAUACGGUGUCCACCUGCUUGGUUCUUGAGUUUACUGUUGUGCAUUCUAUCUGUACUGUGGCGGUUUUCGGGAG